AUGGUUAACCAAGAAGAUAAUGAAGCAAGCACGGGAGUUGGACCGUCGGCCGCUGCCACGAGCGAAAAAGCCAUGAUGGUGAACAAAGUGUCGGUUAAGGUGCCGCCAUUCUGGCCAGAGCAUCCGGAGAUUUGGUUCGCCCAAGUCGAGGCGCAAUUCAGCGUGGCCGGAGUUUCCACAGAUUCGGCAAAGUUCAACACAGUCGUCGCUGCUGUUGAAUCAAACGUUUUAGCCCAGAUUUCUGACGCCAUUUUGAACCCACCCGACAACGGCAAAUACGACAACCUGAAACGACGUAUAAUAGAUAGAUAUUGUGAAAGCGAGCAGAAAAAAACGCAAAAAUUACUGUCGGAUGUGGAUUUGGGAGACAAACGGCCAACCCAAUUGUUAAGCGAGUUAAGUGAACUUGCAAAAAACAAGGUUUCCACCGAAUUUAUGAAAUCGCUGUGGCUGCAGCGAUUGCCAGUACAGGUUAGGGCAAUCUUACAGGCGUCUAACGCAGAUUUGCCAGACUUAGCAAAGCUGGCCGACAAGAUUCUAGAAGUAGGGGAUUUUCAGCAGGUGUCGGUAGUGGCAAAAGGCAAUGCAGCCGACGAAACUUUUUCAGGCAUAAGCAAACGAAUCGAACGCAUUGAAGCGCAAUUCGACAAAUUAAUUCAGAAUACGAAGUACCGAACAAACCGACGAUCUCGUUCAGUGUCAAGAGGACGAGACGCCCGGGCAAACACUCCAAUGCGAACAAAGGGCGAAUUAUGCUGGUACCACCAGGUGCACGGGGAUAACGCCCGUAAAUGCCGACCGCCCUGCGAGCGCGGACCAAAAGCGACAAAAAACUAA